AUGGCAAGCUAAGAAUAAGAAGAAAAAUCAAGUCAACAGUCUGAAAACUUCAUUUUCACUCAACCAAGUAAAAAAUACGAGAGAAAAAGACCAAAUUUAAGCUUGUAGAUUUCAGAGGAACUUAAAUUGGAGAAAUUAUAUGAUAUUGAAUAAGAAUGGCUGGAUAGACACUCGAAUAAGCAACUUUCAGCCUCAUCUGACAAAAUUAAAGUCCCAGGAAGUCCGCUUAUUCCAUAUAGUGAGCCAGUAAUCGAUUUACCACAAUAUUUAAUAUUGAAGACAUCACAGAACACAUAGUUAUCCCCUGGGAAUGAAAACUUGAAGUUAUAAAACGUCUAGAUGACUUGCGUGAGCCUUAAAACUUCUAAAAAGAGAAAAUACAGUGAAUUCUUAAGAACCUAGACAAGCUAAAAAUAAUCAUAGAGUAAUGUGACUCCUUUUAGGUCAGGAAGUUGUAGUCGCAGGUACUUGAAGAUAAAGAGUAGAUAUAGAUAAGAAACUGCUUCUUAUAAAAAGCACUGCUGCUUCAAAAAAGACUUGUCAAACUACACUUAGACUACAACAGCUCUAAGUAAUUCAGGAUUCAAUAUGGAAGGAAAUGCUACUUAAACUUCCUAGUUUAGUAUUUAUGAUAGCAAAACAAAGAGGAAAUGCUAUAACAAUAGGAAAAGUCUAACAAAUAGAACUAUACUAAGAAAUAUUACUAACAUUUUUGAAACUGAGUAAUAUAGAAACUCAGCUUAAAGAACAAGUAUAGCUCCUGUGAGCUUGUUUGAUAGAUCAGCUGAGAGAAGUAGUCUUCAUCCUUCAAUAGGCAUCAAAAGACAAAGAAGUAGUCUAUUUUCUGAGUAAGAUGAGAAUAAAAUGCCCUUAAAGAGAAGAAAAACAAGCUUUUUGGAUAGUACCAAAGCAUCCAAACAAAAAGCUGCAAAUAAUAAAAUUUCUGAAUUCAAUCCAGAUACCUAGAUUACAGCAAGUAAACUCCGUUGA